CCCCCCCCCCUGCCACCGCAUGGUCAGUAACCCUAGAUAGUUGCUAGACAAUGUUUAAGGGAGAGCCCAUAAUUUCAAAAUAAAGUCUACAGAGUGGAAUAGACAUCUUGUGUUUCAGAUCUCCUUAAGUGAGGAAAUGUCAACACAGGCCCAAUCUGUUUAUCUGGGCUGGCUCAGUGGCGGUGCUGCCUGCUGACACGGAACCGGAGGCCCUCGGCACUUUGUUCCUCAGUCUUUGGGCCCGGUGCGGCCAUGGCUCAUCACGACGUCGGUUUCCAGCCCCAGCCCUUGCAUCAACCCUCUGAGCCUAGUGCUCUAGAAUGUGUGAUCUGCUUCACCCCCUAUGACCGGCUCUUCAAGCUGCCCAAGGAACUGAGCUGCAGCCACAUCUUCUGCCUGGAGUGCCUCGCCCGCAUCAACGUCUCCUCUGAGGAUGUGAACGCCAUCACCUGCCCAGUCUGCCGGGCCCCGACCAGCUGGCCUUCCCGCAAGGGCCUGCCUGGCCUUCCCACCCGCAAUGACCUGCUGGAGCAAGUCUCGUCAGGGCCUGUGCCCCCUGGCUCUGUGCGCUUUGACCGUCGCCGGGGCUUGCUCUAUCUGCCCGGUGGGCGCAAGAGUGGCACUCAAGUUGGGCCCAAGGUAGAGGCACCUCUCAACACCGUCAGCCUGAGCGUUGACGUUGGGAGGCCUGCCCCACGAAGGCCAAGCCACAUGCUGAACUUCUCCAGCUGGCCCUUCUAUGUAGCUCUCACAAUAGCACUGGUGGUUACAAUCGGCUUAAUCACCUGUGGCAUCUACAUCUUUCUGCUACCAUCUAUGUAUUCUGUUUCUUUGGGAGGGUAUCCACAAACAAACUACAGCUUGGGGCCUCAGGUAAACCACUCCUAUGUAACAACUACCCCUCCACCACGAGGAGUCUAAAAAGAAGAGAGAGGAGGGGCACCCAGCUUCCUGUCUUCCAUUUGCUGUCUAGUGAUUCUUGCCUCAUUCACAUAGAGGAUGCUGGGAGGAGAAUGGAACCAAACUAGGACUGGUGGAAUCAACUUCAUGUGGCGUCAACUGCACUAGCACUUUACCGCUGAGCUGCUAUAUGUGAGCUACCACAGAAAGUUCCCAUCACAGACAUAUAGGUGCAUACAGCCUAGAUUUAGUCCACCACUUAAUCAUCACUCUGUUACUUCAAGCACAGAGGUGAGAAAGUGAGCUCUUUCCAUUUCCCCAGUGCAUGGGUAAGAGAGGCUUCUAAUCCACUCUGGUCAUUGGGUUGGUCUACACUUGCAGCAGAAUGAGGUGGCAGAAGGGACUGCACCACUGUAGAUGAACGGAGGUCACAUUUUUAAUGUUCUUCUGUUUAAGUGAAUGAAAACCUCUCUCUGCAAUGGAAAAAUAGCACAGCAGGGCAUGGGUUGGGGUAGACUCUUGUCUCCCACAAGUUUUUUUUUUUUUUUUUAAUUUAAAGCAACUUGCAGGAAGUGGCCACAGUCUUGGUAGAUGGGAGAGGAAUCACAAAUGGAUACCCACACCUGCAGUCUAAGGUGGUACGGUCCACCCCACCACUUCAUUCUGCAUCAUGCAUAGAUCAGGCCAGUGUGAGUUCAGAUCCAAAGGGUGAUAUUUUCUCAGAAUUCAUUGGCUUAUAUAUAGCACAGCGAGCUGCACACCCAAGAGGGAUGCGAGUUUGCUGGCUACAUGGGACUAGUCACUCCAUUCGUGUUUCUAGUACAGGCAGAAGAGGCUCCAUGCGAAUGAUGUUGUGCAUCAUAACUGCUGCACCCAACUACCUCUAACAUGUAAGAGGAUGAGAUCUUGCAUGUGAUGAAAGCUUACAUGCCUUUAGCUCUCCUUUUCACCACUGCUUCUAAGUGGUGAUGUAAGCUUGCACGCUUUUAACAGAUCAGUGUAGAACAAUUAUCAGCCCCUUCUGGCUCUUGUACUCAGAAUCACUGGCAGAGUUGCUACUUUGUUUUUGUGGCAGCCUUUGUGUCUUGAAUAGCUGUAUGGUAGACAGAAAUUCAAAUAGCAAAGCUUUCUUAGCACAGAGAAGCAGAAAUGUGUUACAGGCGUCACCAGUUGAAUUUCUGCCUGUCAUACAGCUGUUAAAGAUAGAAGAGUUCAGCUGCCAAAAAGGCAAAAGCAAAACAAGGAGUGACCCAAUGAACCAAUAAGGGCAAUCUGGUUUGGGCUUAGGGUGUCUGUUUCCAACACACAGCCAUAACUAUUUUUGUGUUAGGAUUGCCAACUGACCAGAAAAAAUGGCCUGCUGGGCUUGCUCUUGUGUCUUUAUCAGCCGUUUGAACUACAGCCGGUGACAUGAAAACCAUGGAGAUAAACAUAAAACAGUUGCUUUUUAUGUAACUAGUCCAACAUCAGUGGUGCCUCAUUCCUAAACAUUAUUCAGAGCCACCUCAUUGAACUAUCCUGCAUGGAGAUCAGCCCAGGAUGCAAAAAUCUUCUCUGUAUGGCUAGCACUUUGGAGCUCCAGAGUUGCAAGAGAGGGUUGACAACCUGGAGGCUGUGAAGGUCCUGGCACUUUAUAGGGGUGUGUCAUUGCCCCCAGAAACUUACUCUGCUUUCUGAGCCUGAUAUUUUCCACAUUUCCCCUGCAAUCCUUCAACACAUUUUUUAAGAAAUGUGUCAUAGAAUUUGUUAAUAACGUUAUUGAUCAUUGCUGCCAAUAGUAUUGGACAAAAAAAUUCCCCAGAUUUCCUCAUUUUUGUCUUUGUAUUUCUUUCUGUCCCCAAAUAAAUAUUUUUCCAGAACAUUAUUA